UUUUGACAUUAUUUUUGGCGUUCAAAACAUUUUCUGUGUUUACUUUUUAUAAAAACGCGUUAAAAACCUGCUGAAAUUUAUUAACAUUCAGAUAUGGAAGAGGAUAUAUCAGAUGCCCUCUACGGUGAUCUCGGUGACUUCGAAUUUAAUGAGCAACUGAAAGAGCAAUGUCAGAAGAUUGAACAUUUGACGGAUCAGCUAAACCAGUCCUUGCACACCAUAACUGAUCUUCAAACUCAAAUGAACACUUUAAAGAAGGACCAUCAAGUAUUGCAGCAAAAUGCUUCGAGUCUCUGGCUAACAGCCCAAGUAGAAUUAAAGCGAAAAGAUCUAAACAUCAGUCAGUUGAAGCAACAAAUCGAUAAUCGAAUCUUUCGACGGCGAGGUGCCUUAACCAAUCGCGCUCAAUCGGAUCCGCAAGAACCAGUUGAUCCGAUGUUUUCUAACCACAAUGCCACCACGAUUUCGAAUCAAUUGCAGCAUCAGCCGGUUGGCGACUUGAGCCAAUUUCGCAUUCCCAAGAAGAAUCCAUUCGCGAGACAUAAAGUCGAUAUAGACCGUCAAAAUCACAUUACCGCACGCAAUGGCGUGGAAAAUGGGCAUGAGGAGCCGAAACGUCACAUACCAAAAAAGAAUCCCGACCCACAAGCGCGUUGUCAUGAUCCUGAUUCCGUCACCACAUGCAAUGCAAUGGAAACUGAGCACGAACAUAAUGAGCCGGGUCGUCACUUGCCGAAAACCAAUAUACAGACACGACGUCAGGAUGUCGAGAACGGAACACAGAAUAAGCAAACCAACCAAGAGAAGGACCGAUUUAAGGAUCGACGAGACGAUCACAUCUCCGCAUGCAAUGGAACGGGAAGUGAACAUGAUGAGGUGAGACAUCACUUGCCAAAAAAGAAUCCACACGCACGACGUCAUGAUGUUGACUACGAGACACAGAAGAAACCGACCAAUGAAGAUAAGGACAAGUUUAACGGUCAAAGAGACGAGCACAAGGGACAAGGCCAUGACGAUAAGGAGAGAAGUAAGGAUCGAAGACACAAACGAAGGCAUAGCCCUGGCUCGCAUACCUCAAGAGACCAUCGAGAUGACAAGAAAUCGCAUUCAAGAGACCGUAAACGCGACAGCAGUAGAAAUAAUCGAAAACGAUCACGUGGAAGCUCAAGUGAUGAACUGGACAGACACCCGAAACGACAUUCCGAGUCGACAACGCACCGACACCGACCUAAAUCGCGACCAGAGCGCGUCGAAGAAAAAGUGAAAAAGACAAAGAGUCCAAGAAAAGGCCACUCGCAACACGGGAGUGGCGGCCAUAGAAUUGAUGAACGUAAAUCGGGAAAGGACUCUGUUAGCAGUCUGAAGGAGAAAGAUUUGGAAGCUAUGCUGGAAGCUCAAAAGAAAAUCCUCGACAAGAUCGACAGCACGGAUGUUGGACAAGAGCAUGUGCAAAAUGGACAAUCAACCCAGGAACGUCGUAAACGAAACGGUUCACAUACUGGUGAUCGUAGAGUGAAGACGCCACACGAGGAUGGUGGUAAAGAUUCAAACAGUUCCAGCGAUGGAAAUACUGAAUUAAAGAGAUCCACCGAUGCGAGCGUUGAAGUAAUUGCUGAAUCCGAAAACACUGUUGAAGUGUUACCAACAAACAUCGCAAUCGAUCAGCAAAAUUCAGAUGUGGUCGAUGUUAGUCGUGAAACGGUUGAAGAGUUGCCAGUGAUGUCGGAGAAUUUGAGCCAAGAACUACGAGUAAUGGAGGAUGCAGCGUCUACUAACAACCUGAACCUAGAUUCCCCUUUCAGAGUAGUGAAAGCACCAUCGGAAUCGAUAGAUCAAAAUGUGGCCGAAGACGGUGUGCCAAAGAACGCGACGAAGUCGUCGACACUGGAAUCGAUACACGAAAAUUCCGACGGAGAUGAUGCACCACAGGCCGCGUCAGCAUCUUCGGAAGUGACGGAAGGAAAUUCCGAAGGAGAUAACGAAACAAAAUCAGCACCUGCGGAAGUGAUGAAAGAAAAAGAUGUCGCGGAGGAUCUACAGAUGGAGAUGUCAAGAUCAACAUCUUUGGAAGUGAUAAAAGAAAAUGUCGACGGAGAGGACAUGUCAAAAAAGAAGUCCAAAUCAACGGCAUCGAAACCGAUCAGCAAAAAAGGCAGCGAAGAUGAUGUACCAAUGGCAGUGAUAACAUCAACGCCAUCGAAAUUGGUAAAAGAAAAAGUCCACAGAGAGGAUGCACCAAAAGAGGUGUCAGAAUCGGCACAACUUCUAAACGAUGACAAUUCAAACAUGGACAUUGAUUACGAGCUGAUGGAGCAUAGGCCCGUUGAAAAUCAAACGAUUUUGCCGUGCAAAGAGACUGACCGCAGAAUGUCGGAGGAAAAACCAACGAAAACGAUGAGUCCGACUGCCAGUAAAGAUGUAACUUGCAACGAAACCAUUGAUGAAUCGUUUCUCUCGAUGGAAGUUGCUGUUCGAAAGGGCAAUUGCGCAAGUGAAUCUACGCUAAACAGUUCCGCGGAACGUCAUACACUAUCGAAAAGCAAAGAAUAUACCGUAGAGGAUGCUGGCUACGAAAUUCGAAUCUUUUUAACUAAGAAACGGAAGAAGGGCAAGACCGCUAAAGUUACCUCCUGACCAUUUACUGUUUUUAAUUCGUUGUUGCCUUUUGUCGGCGCAUGUUAGUGUUUCCGAAUAAAAAAGUGGAUUUGAAGGGAA